GUGGCCUGGGCGCGCACUUUGGCCGGGUAGCAGUGUGUGUUGUUCUAAACAAAGUAGGACUCGUUCGCGGAGGCCGAAUGACACCAACUGACUGAAUAGUUUUUUUCAAUUGUUGUCUUUUGUCUGAACCAAUAAAAUAACUUGUUCGAAGUUAUCAGAAAUGGGUCCCGGAUAAAAGAGGGAAACUUCCAGAAACACCGUGGACUGCGCGGCCGUGAAGGAGCUUAGCAGCCGGGAGAAUCAGAAGGAGCCGCUGGGCCAUUGUGUGCACGGAACCGAAUUCAGUCCCCUGCCCCUCGUAGCCUUCCUGAUUCUGUUCUGGGAGAGUUCAGACUAGUAUCAUCGCCAAGAUAGCCGGGCCAGGUAGGAAGAGGCACACCUCAGAUCCAGACCCCAGCAGCGGUAGUGAUUCCGGGGACGGGCGGCCUGUUAGUGCCAAGUGCCUGAAGAUGGCCAGUAGCGGCGGUAGCGGUGUGGCUGGUAGUGAGACAGCGGGCCGUCGCAGUGGGGCUCAGCAUCAGCAGAGAGGAGGCGGCGGUAGGGACAACAGCUCAGAGUUGUCCUCCAGUACCAGUAAAAAGAAGCAGAAGGACAGGGCUAACCAGGAGAGCAGAGAGGCCAAGAGGGCGGCAGCAGCAGCCGCCGCGGCAGCAGCUGAUGGAGUUAUUGCAGAGGUCAAGAAAGAUGUGUUUGUGGACUGGAAGCAGAACGCUAAUGAAGUGAUUGUCAGACUGCGCUGUGGGGAGGGGGUGCAGAGGAUAGAGGACAUCAACACAACCUUUACUGAUACACACUGCCAUGUGUGCUUCCCAGAUGGACGGCAGUGGAGCUGCCAAUUGCAGGAGGAAAUCGAGGCCUCAUGUAGCAGAGUCCAGUACAAGGAGAAGGGAGGUUUCCUGCUGCUCAUUAUGCACAAGAAGAUCCCCUUUCACAUCUGGCCUUCACUUAAGUCAAACAAGAAGGAAAAGGAGGCAGUACCCGCAGAGACCAAAAAUGUAAAGGAACAGGAGACAAGGCAUGUUGCUUUGCAAUCAUCAGAGAAACCCAAGCUGACCCCCUCACAGCCACAACUCCAGCCUCAGCCUCAGCCUCCCUCCUCACCUGCACACAGUGAGUCAAGGCACAGCGGCAGCAAAGCUGAUCGCGGUGUCAAGCGUUGCUUCAAAAACAAACAACCAUGUGACACGGCCUCUGUCGGGGUGAAAAGUGGAGGUGGAGGCGAGUCAACCACCACCAGCAAGCCCGUCACAGUCACGAAAGGUGACCAGCUGCCUCAGGAACCCAGUGCCAAGCGCACCAUUUCACGGCUGCCCAAGACCACCAUGGAGGCUACGUCACCGUCCCCUGACAGGGACACGCACUCUGUCAAGUCUACAGCAGCCAAUGGUAAAGAUUCACACAUCCACCCGCCCGCUGGUCGGAGCCCGCAGACGCAACACAGAGAUGGAGACAACAGAGCAGAGAGAUUAGGCAGCGACCAGGAACAUAAACCUGGAGUUGCUGUCGCUGUUGCCAGCCAUACCAACAAAACUCAGAAGGCAGAGAAGCAAAAGCAGUCUGCAGACACUGAGCACAGGUCUGAAACAACUACACGCGGCAUUGAAAGCCAACCAGCAGCUCCCGUUAGCACCAGUGACUGCCUCAAACCUGUCAGCUUCAACAACAAAAUGGACUCGGCUUCUCCAGAAAGGCAGGGAGAUAGAACUGACUCUGAGACAGAGAAAAAGCCUGUUGAGCAGGAAACAGAGCAGGAUGCUCUCAUCAGCCAGCAGCUGGGAUCAAGAGAGGCAAGCACAGCACUAGCUGUUGCCGUGGAACCUGGUCUAACCCAGAGGCAGGGCAGCUGUGAUGGAGAGGAGAAGCGGGACCAGUCGAAAGAGGAGCCACCCCUGGAAAUGAAGCAACAGGAAGCCCCAGAGCCAAUGGUCAACUUGCAGUUUGUGAAGAACGAUUCGUAUGAGAAGGGUACGGACCUGAUGGUGGUCAAUGUUUACAUGAAGGGGAUCUGCAGGGACACAGCCAGGGUCAUCUUCAGGGAACAGGACUUCACCCUCAUCUUCCAGACAAGUGAUACUAACUUUCUGCGGCUUCAUUCAGACUGUGGACCAAACACAGUCUUCAAGUGGCAAGUCAAACUCAGGAACCUGAUCCAGCCUGAACAGUGCAGCUACUCCUUCACCCCGUCCCGACUGGACAUCACCUUAAAGAAGAGACACAGCCAGCGCUGGGGGGGUCUGGAGGCCCCUGCCACACAAGGUGCAGUGGGUGGCGCCAAAGUUGCUGUGCCCUCCAGCCCUGCCUGCAUGGAGAAAAGCCAGCCAGGCAGCAGCCAGCACAGCCUCCCAGCCAAGGACGAGCCUCCAAGGGUUGGAGAGGAGAAGCCAAAGGCUCCCAAGGCCUCAUCCAGAGUGGAGGAUGGCGGCCUGGAUACUGUGGCUCCUCGCACCGUCUCUGAGCACGUUGCCAUCACCAAGCCAGAGCCCACGGUCACGGUGCCUAAGCCUACCUGCAUGGUACAGCCCAUGACCCAUGCACCCCCGGCCAGCAAUGAGCGCCAUGAAGAAGAGGAGGAGAAGAAGGUGUGCCUGCCUGGUUUUACAGGAUUGGUCAACCUUGGUAACACCUGCUUCAUGAACAGUGUCAUCCAGUCCCUGUCCAACACCAGAGAACUCAGGGAUUACUUCCAUGAUCGAGCAUUUGAGGCAGAAAUCAACUGCAAUAAUCCGCUGGGAACAGGAGGCAGGCUCGCUAUUGGCUUUGCUGUGCUGCUCAGGGCCCUUUGGAAAGGAACACAUCAUGCCUUCCAACCCUCAAAACUCAAGGCAAUUGUGGCCAGUAAAGCCAGUCAAUUUACAGGUUAUGCCCAGCAUGAUGCCCAGGAAUUCAUGGCUUUCUUGCUGGACGGGCUCCACGAGGACUUGAACCGCAUCCAGAAUAAACCUUACACCGAGACAGUGGACUCUGAUGGUCGGCUGGAUGAGGUGGUGGCGGAGGAGGCAUGGCAGAGGCACAAGAUGAGAAACGACUCUUUCAUAGUGGACCUCUUCCAAGGCCAGUUCAAAUCCAAGCUCGUCUGCCCUACAUGCUCCAAGGUGUCCAUCACCUUUGACCCCUUCCUCUACCUGCCCGUCCCCCUGCCCCAGAAACAAAAGGUGCUGUCAGUUUUCUACUUUGCUAAGGAACCUCAUAAAAAACCCAUCAAGUUUUUGGUGAGUGUGAGCAAGGAGAACUCCAGCACUGCUGAAGUCCUCGAAUCCAUCUCCAGGAGUGUGAGGGUCAAACCAGAGAACCUCAGACUGGCAGAGGUGGGGAAGAACCGCUUCCAGCGCAUGUUCCUGCUGUCCCAUUCCCUGGACACAGUGUCUCCCUCUGACAUGCUGUUCUGCUUUGAGGUGCUUUCCAAAGACCUGGCUAAGGAGAGAGUUGUACUGCUCCGAGUGCAGCAGAGACUCCAGGUCCCCAACAUCCCCAUUUCAAAGUGUGCUGCCUGCCUGAAGCCUCCAGUGUCUGAGGAAGACAAGCUGAAGCGGUGCACUCGCUGCUAUCGUGUCGGCUACUGUAAUCAGGUGUGCCAGAGGACCCACUGGCCCAAUCACAAAGGUCUGUGUCGACCUAACACAGAGAAUGUGGGUCUGCCCUUCCUGGUCAGUGUGCCAGAGUCCCGACUGUCCUACGCCCGCCUCACCCAGCUACUAGAGGGUUUCUCCAGGUUUUCCGUCAACGUGUUCCAGCCUCCUUUCCAGUCAGGCAGGACAUCCCCCGAAACAUCCCAGUGCCGGGGAGACCUGCCCCCAAUGGCAGCAGGCUCUCCUGAAGGCCCUGGCUCAGGGGAUGAGGCCAUGGGAGGAAGCAGUACUGUGGCAGCAGGUGACUUGGAGCUGGAGACUCACUCGGCGCUCCCUGAAUCCCAGGCAGAGUGUGCUCAGGCCUCAGCACUCCACUCUGGGGAGUCAGAAUCCCUCUCCUCCUCCCAGACCUCACUCUCCACCACGCGGACAACAGACUCAGGAUUCUCCGAGCCAAUCUCCUCCACCUCCUGCUUCUCUCUGGACCCCCAUGCUGAAAAAGAGACGUCCUGUGAGAAGUCGGUGCGGCCAGAAGCUGCAGUAACCGGGUAUCAGCAUCCAAGUGAAUCAGCAUCAGGUCAUGCCAGUCAGUUCUACAUUGCACUGCUGGACACUAACAACAAGGAGCAGAGGCUGGAUGAAAAAGAGGAUCCGUUGUUGGACCUUCCUGAAGACACGAUCCUUGAGCUGGUGUGGAAAAACAACGAGCGUCUGAAGGAAUAUGUUCUGGUGAGCUCCAAGGAGCUGGAGUAUGAGGAAGACCCUGGCUCUCUGAGUGAGACAGCCAGAGCAGGACACUUUACCCUGGAGCAGUGCCUCAACCUCUUCACAAAGCCAGAGGUGCUGGCUCCAGAGGAGGCAUGGUACUGUCCAAAGUGCCAGCAACACCGCGAGGCCUCCAAGCAACUGCUGCUGUGGCGUCUGCCCAACGUUUUGAUCAUCCAGCUCAAACGCUUCUCCUUCAGGAGUUUCAUCUGGAGGGACAAGAUAAAUGACAUGGUUGACUUCCCUGUUAGGAAUCUGGAUCUGAGUAAGUUCUGUAUUGGCCAGAAGGAUGAGAUGCAACAUCCCCCCAUCUACGACUUGUAUGCAGUCAUCAACCACUACGGGGGAAUGAUAGGAGGCCACUACACAGCUUACGCUCGCCUGCCAAGUGAUAAGAACAGCCAGCGCAGUGAUGUUGGCUGGCGUUUGUUUGAUGACAGCACUGUGACAAUGGUGGAGGAGAGCCAGGUGGUGACACGCUACGCCUAUGUCCUGUUCUAUCGACGGCGAAACUCCCCCGUGGAGAGGCCACCACGGUUCCUCAGGCCUGUCGGAGCUGAGUCGCCCACUGCCACAGGAGCUACUGCCAGCCAGGCCUCUCUAAUAUGGCGGGAACUGGAGGAAGAAGAAGAGGGCUUCUACGAAGGCCCCUGUGGACUGUUCCGCUCUGGGCAGCGGAGGCGCCAAACGUUGAGGAACAGGGAGGAGGAAGACGAAGACAGAGCUGAAGGGCCGAUGCAGUGCCACCGCUGGCGGAGGAUGUCAGAUUAUCCCGAUGACGACUGUAUGCGAUAUUUUCUUCUGGGCACCCUGGCAGCUGCAUUUGCUCUGUUCGUCAAUUUGGUGUACCCUCUACUUUACAAAUCCAACUGGACAUGAGCAGUGGCUGCUCGGCAACUUCUUGGGUGAUAAUCAAACAAGGAGAGGUCAUGAAACUAGGGAAAAGGCAAUUAGAGUUUUGAUACAUAAGGUAACACACUCCAUUUGAGUGAGUCAUCCAUCGAUCUUCAAAAUUUAAAAUGGUUCUCCACGCUACACAACUCUACAACAGUUAAAGCUUACACCAAUUGAUCCUCUAAAAUAUUUCUGACACUAUUUCACAAGUUAAAAACACUUAGGGCCCAGGUAGAAUGAGUGAUUGCAUAUGCAGUUAUUAAUUGACAACAAAAAUAUCCCUGUCAUCAUAUGUCCUGAAUCUUAACUCUUACCCUGAAACUUGCAGUUAAAGCUACAGGAGAGUGCUUGGGAUCAGCACACAGUACUAGUAAACUGAAUGUGAAUUAUUCACUACAUUACCUCUAUGCAUUCUAUUGACUCCAGUGUGUGUUUGUGCUUGCCAACAAGUUUGAAGCUUUUAGUAUCACAUUUUUGACAAUUGAGUGAGUCAUCCAUUGAUCUUCAACUCCUGGGACAGCCUUAAUCCCGGGACAGCCUUAAUCACCCACAGUAACGCUUAAUCCUGCAUAAUAGUUCAUACUUGACCUUGAAACAGUAGUUUGACAAAAACAAACUUGACUCAAGAACCAGGAAAACCACCAGAUAUGGUUGAAAGUUCCAGAAAAAAAGCUAAUAAGUGGACCUUUAGUCGAGAUUUAUGUCAAAUAUGCUAUAUAGUUGUGUAGUAACAAUAGCAAAUGCUUAUAUGCUGAUAAUAAACAUUUUAUGAAAAAAUGAAGAUUUGAGUACAAACAGAAACUUGCUCUAGAGCUACAGAUGAUGCUAUUUAUUGCACUACACUCUUAAGAGUAUAUGUGAGAAGAAGAGGCAGUUCAACAGUGAUGCAUUUUAAAUUUUAUGUCAUGAAAGAGAAAGAACCUUAUAUGUUUUUGUGCGACCAGUCGCUGUUGCCUUUUUCAUGUCUAGUAAUUGAACACACAUUGAUUUAAAAUAGUCAUUUUCUUUCCAGCCAGUUGUAUGGCCUCUUUCAGCAAUAUGUAAUGUGGUUUACUUUGGUGUUUUGCUUUAUGUAAUUCAGUUUUUUUCCUCCAAUAUUUGUGUUUUUUUUAAUUUUAUUUUAUUGAAAUGACUGUCAAAGUCUGUGUAAAUUUCUUAUUUAACAUUUUUAAGCCAUAGCUAGGUGAGGGUUUAAAAUUCUCAGGAUGAAUUGUAGUAAACGAAGACGUGUUUCUCUGUCUUUUCAAAAUCCGACAAAGAUUACUGAUAAUGGAGUCUUGUCACAGCCAAGUUAAACUAGGGGUUUGUGAUUUAUAACUAAGGAAUUACCGUCCACCUCUGAAUGUAAUGAUGUGUUUAAAUAUGUUGCAUUGUUUAGAGUGGAAAGCACCAGAGUUUUUGAUUAUGGCAGUUUUGAAGCUCUUAAACAUUCAAUUUGACCUAAAUAUUGAACUAAUACAGUUACUAUCUUGUCUCUGUGAAAUACUCAGCUACUUUGUUUAUUUGUUUUAAUAUGAAAAGCCCACAAGAUAUUCUUUAUUUAUUACAUACAAGAACUUUAAAAUUCUGUAUGAUUUUAUUGUAUAAUGAUUAGAAGUUAAAUUAUGAAUUGUUUUUUAACUGUCUUUUUAAGGUCUUCUACACUUUGUGCAACUCCAAACUUGUCCAUCUAUCAAUUCUUUCCUCUGCUGCUGCAGGGGCUGUGAGUGUGUGUGUAAAUGUGGGUCUCAGGGAAAUCCCAGUGCUCUUCUGGUGUCAAGGCAAUGCAGAGCAGCCUGUUUGCCUUAAAUGCUCGGCAUAGCUGAGUGCAUCAACAGACUGUGUACACUUGAUUCAGGUAUAUGCAAUGCUGAAGUGAGUCUAGUUUAAAAAAUCUGUAUUAAGUAUCGCUUGUGUUCAACAUGCACUACUUUGAAGAGUUUUGUGAAGAACUUGCAAAUAUGAAAUCUCCUUGCAGGUGAUAAAAAGAGCAGUGCAGUCUGAUCAACAGAAAAACUCGUCUUGACAGUUGAAGUUCAACUUAAGAGAGUUUCAGCACAAACUGCACUUGUUUUAACAUCAAAAUGCUGUUGAGUUUUCCUUAAAUUGACUUGAUUGAAAUGGACCUGACUGAAGAUGAAACUGUGUAGUCAGCUAUGAAAUGUAAAUUGGAAAGUAUAAUCAUGACCUGUAUUUUGUGAGGAAAAUACUGAAGGUCUGUAUCUGUAAUAUACUUGUUGCAAGUACUGUAUUAAGAAGAAAAUCAUAACCUAUUAAUUUCCCUGCAAUAAUGUAUCUAGAUGCCUCCACAAAAUGCUGCUUUCUAAUAUAUAAAGCGUUGUACUCCUUUUGGAAAUAAAAUGUCCAUCUAUUUAGA